AAUGCAUUGUUCUCAUUUUCCAAUCCAAUGUGCGUCCAACGCCAGCAUUCCUCGGCACUAUGGAUUCAUGCUAGCGUUUGCCUUCGCGUGUGUGAGCAGUAUCCCAGCCGGCACUUCAACAGAGACCAUAUUUGUGCUCACGUUGGCGGCCACACCCUUGGCAGGCUCCAGUUAACACGUUGAACCAGUGAUGAUUGUCUGAAGGUGUGUUCUGUUCUGCCACUGCACGGGCUCUGUUCUCCUCCUCCUCCUCCUCACCACGCCUCAAACCUCCACUACCGGACCCAGUCGAAGUUCAGUCCCGGCACGUCAGUGUGUGUGAGUCGCUCAAUGGUCGAGACCAAGCUUGGCUCUCUCUAGCUCAUCUUUUCCGUCCCUCGACCGCUGUGGAACUACUGCUCAUCGUUCGAGGAGGAGCGACCGUCGGUUUGGAUUCCGUGGAGCUGAGGAUCUCUUGCGACCAUGGGGGACGUGGUUUCAUCUCACCUGGAUGAGGGCAAGAGGGAAAUGAUCACUGCGAGGACCCGAGAGGUGAUAAAGGAGUUCAGUGAUGUGUACGAGCAGCAAUAUGCAGUGGCCCUCUUCAACAGCGUUCGCUUCGAGAUCGAAGGAGGAGGAGGGACGCAGUCGCAGCUGCUUCAUAGAAAGGACCCUCUGGCAGGGCGCUCCAUCUUCUCGGGCAACCUGUUUCAGUAUCUUGAGGAGAACCGGAAGUGGAGGAAUCGCUUUGUUUCUGUGCCAAACAAUUACGACAUCAACCUUUUCGAAACCAAAACGGCGCAUGAAAGAGGUCUGCAUCCAAAAGUGUCCAUCAACUGUGCGGGGUAUAGGGCACUUGCUUCCAUGGACGAGUACAUGGAGCUGAUAAACGACAGCCUGCCAGGUGUCAAGGCCAAAGUGAGCAGCCAUCCCUUCAUCAAGUGUGCGACUGCGUUCCCUCUUAUCCUGUGGCACCCGUUCGCUCGCCACCAUUACUUCUGUGUGAUGACCGAAAAGGAGCAGAUGAAGUGGCAUGCCGUGCUGCAGGACUGCGUGCGCCACAGUAACAACGGUCUACCAGAGGACUGCACCGUUCAGACGCCCGCAUUCACUGACUCCGUGAGGCUUUACAGACAGGCCAAAGGAAACUACGGGACCUGGGACAUGAUGUGCGGAGCUCCUCCGCAGAUCCUGGCUAACAUGGUGAUGGAGAGUCUCCACCCAGAUCUGAGGGAGGCUAUUGGUCCUCGUCUGAAGGGGAAACUGCAGCAGAAGCAGAGGAGCUGGAUGCUGAUCUCAGAUGCCGUCUACAAGCAAGUUCUGACUCAGACCAGCAGCCAGUAUGAAGCUCUGGUGGGGGCGUGCGAGGCCCAGAAAGUGCAGCUGGACACCCGACUCCGCACUGACAUGGACCAGAUCAUCACGUCUAAAGAACACGUCAGCAACAAGAUGAGAGCGCUGGUCCUGCCCAAAGCCGAGCAGCUCCUCAGAUCCAACGUGCAGCCCUACAUCGGCUCCAUCCUGGAGGCCCUGAUGGAGCCCACCAGUCGAGGCUUUGCCGAGGUCAGGGAUGUGUUCUUCAGAGAGCUGGUGGAGAUGAGCAAGAACUCGCUGAACGGUGGAGGCCCAGAGAAACUAGGCGAGCAAAUGGACCGGCUGUCGAUGCUGGCCUUCCACCCGGUGAAGAUGCAGAGCUGCUACGAGAAGGUGGAGGAGCUGAACCUGGAGGGUCUGCAGCAGAGGUUUGAAGUCUCCAACCCUUCUGUGUUUGUCAGCAGGGCCCAGAUCCUCAUGAGGGAGCAAAUGGAUAAUUCCGUCUACACGUUUGAGCAGCUGCUGCAACAGUCUCUGGAGGCUCAGGGGGAAGAAGAGCUUUGCAAUACCAUCCAACGAUGCCAGGACAGAGUUCUCAAGAAAUACGACUACGACAGCAGCACGGUGAGGAAGAAGUUCUUCAGGGAGGCUCUUCUGCAGAUCAUCAUCCCGUACAUGCUGCAGCAUCUUGCUCCCACCUGCUCGUCGGAGCUCCCACGCUUCAAAGAGCUCAUCUUUGAGGACUUCUCUCGCUUCCUGCUGGUGGAGAACAUUUUCGAGGAGGUGGUCCUGCAGACGGUCACCAAGGACAUCAUGAUGGCUGUGAAGGAAGCAGCCGUCCAGAGGAGACACAACCUCUACAGAGACAGCAUCGUCCUCACCAACAGCGACCCCAACCUCCAUCUGCUGGGUGAAUCCCCUGCUGUGGACUGGGCGGCCAAAUUCGGCGCUGAGGAUCCUGAAGGUUCUGGCGGCGACGACGCAGAAGGCGGUACCGGGAAAAGACGUAAGCAGGUGGUGUCCAUGAUCCAGCUGGACGGGCUCCCUCUGCCGUACGAGUCCUGCAUGGAGGUUCCAGGAGUGGAGCUGAUCCCUGAGGAGGACGUGUCGGAGGGCGCAGUGGAAGAGCCAGGUCCAGAGCAGGAUGAGGAGGUGGCGGCCCCGGACGAGGACCCCAAGUCUCCUGACAGUGUUAACGCGAUCAGGGACUUGAUAAACCCAGUUGUGGAGAUGGUUCUGCCCGUGACCGAGGGAACACAACCGGACAAAACCAUUGAGACGGAGGCGACAAGCGGAACGAUCACGCUGGAGGACGGAGUGCAGGAGGAGGUGGUGUCCGUCACCACCGUGGUGGACGACGCUCCAGCCAAAUCCCCCCGACAGAAGACUUCGCCACGGCUGAUCCUGGAGCAGCUGGCGGGGAGCAAGAAGCAGGAGUCCGACGUGGCUGACCCCAAGGUGGAGGACCAACCGAGCACAGAGGCGCCUCCUCUGAAGCCCACCGAGUCAGAUUUAAAGAGCUCAGACGGAGGUCCAGAUGAGCACAAGUCCCUCAGCACCAACUGUGACCCGGCGAAGGGUGAAGACAAAAGUAUCCAGCCAGUAGAAGUCGACGUGGCUGUGGCGUGAUCAGGACCAUCGAUGUGAGUUUUAUUUAAGACUUGUUUGUAUGUUCUACUUUGGACGUCAUGUUUCCAACCCAGGAGCUCAUCAUCAUCAUCAUCACGCCCACGUCUGCACCACUGUCAAACUCAUUUAUGUCUCUGUCACAGUUUUAUUCAAAAGACGGGUCAGCUGACCCGGAACAACGUCGCAUUCACCUAUUGAAUUGACACUAAUCUUCACGUAGCUGCGGCGCUCACGUUCGCCUGCUCGCUCCACCACCAUGCGAACAGGAGGUCAAGCGGUUCGGUGUCGCUCCGUUUCUCACGCUGCUUCGCCAGGCUGACUGGAUGGUUGUGUGCUGAUGGGUCGAGCUAGUUUGCACUGUAGCAAGGAGAAAAAAAAGAGCUGAGUCCGAAAACACAACACGCUCAGUCACCAUUUAAAACCCAAGAGUGAAAAGGUGAACCUGCUGGCGUUUGUUUUUUUAAUUUAUACAGGUCAUUUAGAAUCUUUUAUCCUAAAUUCAGACAUCAAAGGAGCAGUUAUCUGAAUGUGGUUUUUAGAGCACUCGUCCAACGCUAGAGCCAAGUUUUGUUUCCUAAAAUAUUGUUGAAAAUCCUCUUGUGAUGCUAGAUUGUUGACCAUUUUGUAGUUUUUCUAAAAUUAUGGUUCCCCGUUGUUUUCCUCGAUGUUUUGGUAUAUCAAUAAAAUUGGUACAUUAUAUUGGAAAAUGUGACACCACAGAUGUGACCUUUUAUCAAAGGAAGAAAAUGGAAUUGUGAAAGAUGUUUUUAUUCUGUCGUGUAAUCUUGUCGUGUGCGGUUUGUUAGCCACAGCCACAGCCACUGUUUGGCAGGUGCGGAAGCCUCGAGUGACCCGGCGGAGUUACAGUGGAGCUCGCAGCAUCGUGCCCUUUAACCCUUACAUUUGGACUCACUCGGGGUCGAGUGGAAAUUUCAGGCAAUGCAGCUGACGAUUCAGAUAAAGUCGUUCUUCUGUCGCUUCAUGUCGUGUUAGAUGUUUCACCAAUCACAUCUUAGUAUUACUUCUGAUGCACAACUGACACCUCUCCUUAUUUAUUACACCCUCACGCAUGACUCUCCAACAUGUUUGUUGUCUUUCAAUGCUGAUUAAAAUGGGAAGAAUU